CGGAAUGCCCUCGACCUCUAGUUGCGUUCUGCCGAUGAAGUAAAUUCUAGGUUUGAAGGCCAAGACGUCCGCGACUAAUGGCGGAGGGCGAAGGGAAACCACCUCUCUCUUGGAUAGACUACGAGGAGUCGAAGGCCCGCGCCAAGCACGUCUCGCAGCUCCAGGAGCCCGCACCGUAUGUGCAGCCCUACCGGCCGCACCCGGGGCUCUCGCCCGGCGGGGCGGCAGGCUCGUCGUCAGCACAAGGGCCCGGGCCCGGGGCCGUCGGCGCCUCGCACAACAGCUUCAGCAGCAGCCAGCAUGACGCCACGGGUCUGGCGCGCUCGCGGAUGUCAGCGCUGUCGGGCCAGCACGCGGGCAGACCGCAGCAUGCUUGGGGGGCCCCCGGGCACCCGGCGGGCGGCGCGGGCGCAGGUGGUGCGGCGGCGCCGUUUCCGAUGGGUGCCCUUCAGAUGCAGCUAGGUAUGGGAAUGGGCAUACCCGGAAUGGGCGUACCUGGCAUGGCCAUGCUUCCUAGCUACAUUGGCAGCCCCGCGUUUCCCUUCCCGGGAUCCACCGCGGGAAGCAUGCCGCCGUACAUGUUCGCGCCGGCAUCCGGCGGUGGCGGGCUGACGGCGGCGCCCAGCGUCGCCGAGUCCGGCGCCACAGCCAUGACGGCGGCGACGGCGGCGGCGACGGCUGCAGCCUACAAUGCGGCGGCAGCAGCUGCAAACGCAUCCGAGGUUGGAAGCGAAUAUCAGCAGUACCAGUACCAGUACCAGGGACUGGGGCAGGGGCCGGGGCCGGCGCAGGGGCAGGGGCAGGGAAACUCGGGGGCCGCAGCGGCCGCAGCGCCCGGCUCUGCGACUGUUGCUGCUGUUGGCGGCGGCGGCGGCGGCGGCGGUGGCGGUGGCGCCGCCGCCUCGGCGCCGGCCAGUGGCGUGUACAACUCGAUCCAGAUCCAACAAAUACUGGCGCACACGCAGCAGCAGAUGAUGCAGCUGCAGCAGCUGCAGGGCAUGCUGCUUAUGCAGGCCGGCGCACAGCAGCAACACCAACAGCAGCAACAGCAACAACAGCAGCAGCAACAGCAGCAACAGUUCCAUCGCGCCAGCAUGGCGAGUGCCGCCGGCGCCGGUGCCAUCGCCGGCGGCGGCGGCGGCGGCGGCACUGCCCAGGUGCUUGUCGCGCUGCCCGGCGCUCCCUUGCACACCGGUCAGAUGGGCGGCGGCGGCGGCGCGGCGGCAGGCAGGCGGCUAUCGGGCCUCAGUGCCAGCGGCGGCGGCGGCGGCGGCGGCGGCGACAUGGGAGGCGGCGGCGGCGGCGGUGGCCUGUCACGGACUGAGACGUUCCUCAGCGCAACCUCCUACCAGUCCAACCGGCCCCAGAGCGGCAGCAUUCACGGCGGCUCGGCACAUGCUACAGCCAAUGGCCUGCAGCCCGGCCCUGGCGGCGGCGCCGCCGGCGCCGCUGCCGGCGCCGCCAGCUCAGUUGCUGCUGCAGCCGGCAGUAGCUCCGCCGCCGCCGCGCCUGGCGGCGACAGGGUGUCGCCGGGGCCUCCCAGCCGCAGCAACAGCAGCCUGUCGGCGGCGGCAGGGGCGCUCGGGGCGUCGCCGUCACCAUCGCCGUCGCCGCCGCGGCCGCCACAGGGCGUUGCGGCGGCACCGGUCGUGUUUGUACAGCCGUCUCAGCAGCAGCCGCAGCAGCAGUCGCCGCAGCAGUCGGGAGCGGUGGCGGCAAGCCCGGCGGGUUCAGGCGCGGGCGGCUCCGCCGGCGCCGGAGCCGUCUCCGGGCCGCUAGGGGCCCUUGAGUCUGGGAUGGCGGCGGCGGCCGCGGCCGCAGCGGACGCGCCAAGGCGGCGGCCGCCAGCGCUGGGACCGGUGCCGUCAAAGUCCUUCACCGCCGAAGCUUGCACCAUCGGCGCCGCCAUGCCGCCCCGGCCCAAACCGCCGGCGUCCGCGGCGGCGGUGCCGCCGCCGCGGGCGCAGCCGCCAACAGCCCACGAGGGGCAGCAGCCGGAACAGCCGCAGCAAGCAGAUGCGCACGCCGCCGCCGCUACGUCAUCUGGCGGCGGUACGGCUGCCAUUGCGCCGGCGGCGUUGGCGGCGGCGGUUCCAGUAGCCAGCGUCAGCAGCGGCGGCGGCGGUACGGCGGAAGCCGCCGUCAGCGGAGGUGUGGCUGCAGCAGCACCAACAGCAGGUGCCGACGUCCCGACGCCGGGGGCGGUGGUGGGAACGGCAGUGGUGGGAGGCCAGGCGGCGACAGCGGCACCCUUGCCAGCGGCCUCGACGUCAGGCCUGGCGCCGGCACCUCCGUCCCUGGAUGUCUUCAUGCCGCUGGUAUCUUUGGCGUCUUUGGCGGCGGCGGUGGAGGCAGCAGAGGCGGCGGCUGGAGCAGUGCCGGUGUCACCUGCGCAAGCGCUGACGCCGGGCGCCGCAGCCAGUGCUGUGCUGUCGCCACAGCCCACCGAGCAGUCCGGAGCGGCGGCAGUAGCGACGGCGGCCCAUGGUGAGCAGUCGCAGUUACAGCCGCCGUGCACCCCUGUAACGACGGAGCAGACCUUGUCCACACUGGACGCAGCCGUGGCGGGCGCGGCGACUGCUGUGGCGGCGGCGGCGGCGGCGGCGGAGGGCGUGUCGGGCACGCAUGCCGGCGGCGGCGGCGGCGGGCAGGGCGCUGUGGCGGCGCCAGACGACGACGACGGCGGCUCCAGCGUGCUGACGGGGGCCUUCUCGGUGUCGGGCCACAUUGGCGGCGGCGGCGGAGCGGCCGCCGCCGCGGCAACAGCCGCAGGCAGCCCCAGUGGUGCCGUACCAGCUGCUGCUACUGCUGCUACAGCUGGUGCUGGCGCCUCGCCGGGCGGUAGCGCGACCAGCAAGGUGCUGCCGCUGACGGAGGCGUCUUUGUCGGCCUUCGCCGCCGCCAACGCCAUGGACGCCGCCACCGCCGCCGCCGUCGACUUGCCGCCGCCGCCAGCAGCUCUGGACGCGGCUCUGGAUGCAGCGGCGCCGCCGCCGCACGUGGCGACGGCGGGGGGAGCGGCGGCGGCGGCGGAGCAGGCGGAGGUGCAGCCGACGUCGACGGCGGCGCCUGGGCUGGUGUCGGACCUGCUGGGGUCGUUUUUCACGGACACGCCAGGAGUUGACAGCAUGCAACAGACGGCGCACGCCUCCGAGCUACUGCCGACACGGGCCGAGAUCGCGGCGGCUGUAGCAGCCAACCAGCAGGCGCAGCACGAGCACGAGCUACUGCAGCAGGAGCAGCAGGAGCAGAUGCUACAGCCACACACGCUGCAGGACCAGCACAUGGCAGCGGCGGCGGCCGCGGCGGCCGCGGCGGCGGCGGCGGUGGCGGCGGCGACCGGCGGCGUUGGCUAUCCCGCUUCGGCUGGUCCGUCGCUCUCCAGCGCGUACCCUGAUCCCAACGCCGCUGCAGCGGCGGCGGCGGUAGUUGCGGCGGCGGCGGCCGGCGACCCCGCGUCGGUGUACUACCUCCAACAAAUCAGCCAGCUCCAGCAGCAGUUUCAGCACCAGCAGUCGCAGCUGUUGCAAGGCCACGCAACCCCACACCUGCCGCCGCCGCUCGUCGUCGACGGCUCUGAGUUUGGCGGUGGCGCCGCCGCCACGGCCGCCGCCGCCAGUGCCGCCCGUCCGGCCUUUCCGCAGCGCGGUGGCGACGGCGGCGGCGACGGCGGCGGCGGCGACGGAGCGCCAGCGGCGGCGGCUGGGCGUCCGCUGGAUGUGGCACCCGAGUCGUCGGACCUGGCGGCUCAACUGGAUGAGAACCGCAAGGACGUCCUGGUGUUUGGAGGCCUUGAUGAGGACGAGGAGGAGGACGGGGAGGACAUACCCGCCGAGGUGAAGAAGAAGUGGUGGCGCAGCAACGAGGUGGUGUGGUUCGCGGGCUCGCUCACGCUCGCGCUGAGCUGCCUGGUGGUGGGGGUCAUCCUGCAGACCGGCCAGAUCAAUCCGGCCACCAAGCGUGUGAUGGUGUGGCGCUGGCUCUACUACAUCGCGGGAUACAUCGCCAUCUACUACUGCGUCUACAUAGUGGUGGACCGAUCAUUCAGGAUCCUUGAGUGGAUGUACUUCCGAGAGAAUCUCACCUACCUCAAAAACAUCAAGGAUUCCGUCACGAUGCUCAUCAGCUGGUUACUCAUGCUGCUGUGGUUCCAGGCGUGCUUCAAGUGGAUGUGGUGCGAGUCGCCCGACCCGGCCGACCCCUCCGCCGCCUUCAACAACUGCAACGCGCCCAACUACCUGGCGGCGGUCAGCGGCACCUGGAAGGCCACCCUGUGCAUCAUGCUGGCCACACUGGCAAACGUGGUCAAGGCUGUGACCGCCAAGGUGAGCUCCAUGCACUUCUACAAGACCGCGCACUACAAGAAACUCAAGACGUCGCUGGAGAAGGAGUACUACCUGCAGCUGCUGUCCGUGCCCCGAAGCCGCAUCCUCGCCCAGAAGGCCGCCGAGGAGGCCGCCACCGCACGCGCCGCACAGCUGCGAACCGGCUCCAUCAUCCUCCGCCACUUCCACAAGACAGCGCCCGCGCCUGGCGGCGGCGUAGGCAAAGGGGCGGUUAUAACCGCUGGCGGCGGCGGCGGUGGGGACGGUGGCAAGGGCGGCGCUAAGUCCGCCAAGGGCCGCUCGGUGUCCAUGGGGCGGCUGCCCGUCACAACGCCGGCGCCCGCGGCGGCGGCGGCGGCGGCGGCGGCAAGCGACGCUGAGGUUGCUGGCGGCGGCCGGCUCAAGUCAGCAGUGUCAGUGCCAUCGGCGCCGUCAGCGACGACGGCGGUGGCGGCGGUGGCAGGACCGCUGCCGCCGGACCCCCGCGGCUCGGGCUCUGGGUCCGGCGGGCGCGAGAAUCAGCAGCUGGAGGCGGUGUCGCUGUCGCCCUUCGCGGCAGCAAGCGGGGCGGCGUCGCAUCAGUCUCACCACCACCAUCACCAUCACCACCACCAUCACCCACGUCACGACGUCCGGGCCGAAGCCGGCGCCAGCCACAGCCUCAGCGGCGGCGUGAGCGGCGCCACCGGCGACGGAAGCACCAGCGGCGACGGCGAUGGCGACGGCGACGGCGACGGCGGCUCUGUGGGCGUGAGCAUGUCGCGUGCUGGCAGCAGCGCCAGGCGGCAGCGCUCGCGUAACUCGGGCUGGGCGGGCUUCUGGCAGAAGCUGGAGGGCCUCGCGACCAAGAACGCGCCCUCGGCACAGCAGAUGUGUGGCGGCAGCGUCCUCCCGCUGGAGGAGCUGACGCCGGCGGCGGCGCGAUGCCAAGGCGGCGGCGCCAGUGGCGGCGGCGGCGGCGGCGGCGGCGCGAGUGGGCUGGACACGGUCGCUGAGACCGCAAGCACCCUCAGUGGCGGCGGUGGUGAUGGUGUGAUGCGCUUCGUCAAUGGCGGCGGUGGCGGCGGCGGCGGCGGCGCCAGGGCCAGCAUGGGCUCCGGCGGCGGCGUCGAGCUCAGCGGUCCUCUUGGGGAGCUGCCCGCAGCUGGCGACAUCGCAUUACUCAUCGGUAGCGGCGGCACUGACUCACCGUCAGCCGCCGCCGCCGCCGCCGCCACGCACAUCACUCCGCGACAGCAGUCGUCAGCGGGUGCCUCGGGCCGGCGGCCACUUCCGCCGCCGCCACCGCCGCCGCCGCCGCCAGCGCCACGGCCGCCGCCGCCGGCCCCGCCGCCGCCUGGUGUGCCGCCGCUGCUGCCGCCGCCGCCCAUCCUCCCGAGCGGCUCCGUCAGCGCCGCCGCCGCCGCCGCCGCCGCCGCCGCCGCCGCCGCCGCCGCCGCGCCCGCCUCAGCGGCCAGCAAGCCGGGCCUCGCACCGCCGGGCUCACACACCUCCGGAGCAGCCGCCCCGACUAGCAUGGGUCCAGGCGCUCUGGGUGUGGUCACCGCCGAGCCGUUCCUCACACGGACCUCGGCAUACUUUGACGCACAGGCACCGCCAUCAUCGCUCGCUGCCGCCACCGCCGGCACCGGCAGCAUGCCCCGCCGGGUCUCCCUCCCACCGGCACCGCCCGCCUUCGGCAGCCGCCCAUCGCCGCCAGGCCUGCCGCCGCCGCCGCCGCCGCCGCCGCCGCCGAUGCCGCCGACACCGGGCUCCCUCCUGCCAGCGUCCGGGCCCGCCGCGCCGCCGCUGCCGCCGCUGCCGCCGCUGUACAACGCCAACCAACAACGGCCGCCGUACACCUUUCAGUCGCCGCCAUCGAUUGCGGUUGGCGGCGGGCUGACGCUGAGUAUGCCGCCGGGGGUUCGCGCGCCGGGGUUGCCUGGCGUUGGGUUGGAUUGGCAGCAGCAGCGCUCGCCGCUGCCCAUGCAGCCGUUGAUGCUGCCGGUGGCGGCGUCCGGGCUGGGCGGCAGCUCUGCUUCUGGCGCGGCGGUGUCGCCUGAGAUGCGAAGACUGCUAGCCGCGAACUUUGGCGCCGCCGCCGCCAGCGGCCACUGGGGCAGUACUGGCGGGACCGGCGGCGGCGGCGGCGCCGCCACCAGCGGACACGCCGCCAGCCCUUUUAGCACUGGUUUGCAGUACGCCGCUGCGGCGGCGGCGGCAGCGGCUCCGCCGGCGGCGCCGCCGCCGCCGCCGCCGGCGCAGGCGGCCUCAUCUGUCGUGCUGGUGACGCCGCCGGCCUCGCCCAGGGACCACGAGGACGCGCACGGCCACAACACAACGGCCGUUGGCACAGGUGACCAGCACACCCUCCCCGUCCACGGCGGCGGCGGCGGCUCCGCCGCCGCCGCCACGCCCGCCGGGCGGUUUGCGGCGUUGUCGGCGGCGGUGGCGGCGGCGUUUGGGAGCGUGGGUCAUGGCGCGUCGCAUGCGGGCGCGGCGGGGGCUUAUGACGAAGCCGCACCCGCCGCGGGAUCGAGGAGGAGUUCCAGGGCCGGAGCAGGAGGUGGCGGAGGUGGCGGAGGAGGAGGAGGAGGCGUUGCAGGCAUGUUCAGUAGCACCUGGACGCAGCGCCUGUCGCGGCUAUCCGGCGGCGGCAUCCCUGGCGCGGGCGGCGGCGGUGGCGGCGGCGCGGGUAACAGUGGUGCCGCCGCCGCCGGCACUGGCGGUGGCACUGGUGGAGGAGGUGGAGGAGCCGGCGGCGGCUCGGCGCAUUCCGGCGCGCGGCUCAAGCGCUCCAUGACCAACAUUGCCGACGUUGAAGCCCGCCGGCGCAUUGAUGUGAUUGGGUCCGAGGUGCUAAACGCAGUGCCGCACUCGCUGAAGAAGCGGAAGGCCAUGUACGAAAUGACGGAGGAGGAGCUUGAGAAAAUGCGCACUGCCAUUGUGAUCAAGACCUACACGGCGCUGAUCCGCAAGCACGGCUCCAUGAGUGAGGAGGCCCAGCUGCGGGAGCUGAAGACCGUCAAGCGCUUUAGCAAGGCCCUGUUCUUCAACAUUCGCGGGCCCGACGACAGCAAGACGGACUUGACCCUGGAUGACUUCCAGCUCUUUUUCGGCGAGGACACACUCAUGGCCAAACGCGCCUUCGAUGUGUUUGACGCCGACGGCGACGGCAAGAUCAGCCGGGCGGAGAUGCGCGAGAGGGUGGUGGGCGUGUACGCGGAGCGCCGCAACAUGGCCCGCAGCCUGAGGGACACAGACUCCAUUGUGCAGAGUCUGGAGCUGGCGCUGGGUGUGGUGAUCCACUUCCUCUUCUGCGCCCUCUACCUCACCAUCUGGGGUGUUCCGCUGCUGGAGGGCUUCAGCGCCUUCAGCGCCACAGUGCUGGCGCUCACAUUCAUCUUCGGCAACGCCGCCAAGAACGCGUUCGAGUCGGUGUUGUUCCUGUUCUUCGAGCACCCCUAUGACGUGGGUGACAUGGUGUACUUUAAUGGCGACUCGGCGCGAGUGAAGCGCAUCAGCCUCAUGUACACCGACUUUGUAAAGUGGACGAACGAGGAGAUCUAUGUGCCCAACUCCAAGAUGCUCGCCACUGACAUCAUCAACUGGACGCGCACUCGCACCAAAUUCGAGCUGCACAAGAUCCUGGUGGACGUGGGAGUGGCGUGGGACGUUAAGGAGGACAUCAACAACGCCCUCAUUGCACACUGUAACGCCAACCCCUCGGACUUCACGGGCGUUCCGAAGAUUUCGUUCCGCGAGCUCGUGGAUCCGCUUAAGGUGUACCUGGGCAUUGGCUUCACCUACAAUUUCCCACCCGACGACUUCGACCGCCUGGUGCCGGCACGCGACCGGAUCAUGUAUGUGGUUCAAGCCAAGCUGGCAGAGCACAAACUGCGUUUCAGUCAAUACGAGGUCAACACACUGGAGAUGAGCAAGGACACUGCGAUGCUGCUGCAGAUGCGGCAGCUCCAGACGCUGGCACGGGAACGGGAGAUGGAGUUGGAGGCCGCGGCAGAGGCGGCAGAGGCCGCACAGGAAGACGCGGCAGCCGCCUUCAACGCCGCUGCUGCCGCCGCCGCCAGGCCAGCGGCCGCACCGCUCCCGCCCCAAGGCCAGCCUCUGCCCGCACCGCCGCAGUCUCCAUCGGCGGCUCCUGCCUUGGCGGCUGGGGCGUCAGGCGGCUCCCGGCAAUGGAACUCCGCGGCCUCGGCUAACGCCGGCGGCGGCGGUGCCGCCCUUGCCGCCGCAACCGGGGCUCUGCCCGCGCUGGGUGCGGAGGGUCUGCAGCACCGCUACGUUGCCGCUGCGGCGGCGGGCGCGGGUGCUGGAUCGUUGGGGCAGGCGGAGAACGCGCCAGCGCCGGGUGCGACUGGGGCGGCUGCGGCUGCGGCGGGCGGACUGAUGGCGCCUGCGGCGGCGGCGGUGGUGGCAGAGGAGGAUGCAUUCAAGUCCAAACGUGAUUGAGAGAUCGAGGCGAAAGGUGACUAGGCAUCAAGGGAUUCAUACUUUCCAGUCAAUUAUUUUUUGGAUACUUUGAGGGGUGGAGGUAAACGAGCGCUUGGGUGCAGGCGUCGGAAGAAGCCUGCUGGAGUGUAUGGUAUAUGGCUUGGCACGUGCAAUAGGCAGCUGAGGUAGGGAGAACAACGCACCGACAAGCAUUAGCAGGAGAAGGAGAGAGCGCAUUGAUGCAGCCGCAUGCUUCGCCGUCGCCGCCAUCGUGGCCGAGCGUGUGCGCGUGAAUGAACAUGUCUUUGCCUGUGCCAGUGCCAUUGCACGCACGCGUGAUGGAACUGAUGCGGCGUUCGCUGCAGGCUCAAGGGCUUGGGGUGCUCGUAUGGGCUUGUCGUAUUGAGGGAAGUGGCGCGCAUUGUGGUGGUGCACUCGUGGUCCGACACCGACUGGGCUCAUGCGAGCUUACGGAAUUCGUGUGUCGUGAUUUGGUUCGUGCCUCGCGGUCUUGGAUUGAGAAGCUUGAUGCGUGCUGUCCAUUGCCGUGGCCGCGUGUUUGUGGGUUAUCAGUUACUGCGUUGUUAUUGCAGCGCGAUGUGCGGGCGCCUUGAAGCGGUUCCGUACCGUCCGGUGGUUAGCGAGGUGAGCUUUGUGUCUCUCAUGCCGUAUAUAUGUGGUGUAUACCGUAUUUAUGCAGCCUGCUACCAAUCCUGUAGUGGUUUUUAUUGCGCAUGGUAUGUAGUAAACCGGUGCCUAUGCACGCUCCCGACAGGCAGGUGGGGGGCAGCGGUCAUUUGCGGCACGUGUGCGGGAUGUGUCUUCGUAGGUCUGCGUGACGCAGGCGCCACCAUCAAGGACAUUUGUGUUGGCGCCGAAGCCGCAGAGCAGCUCAGGGGAGUCCACUUGCAAAGCACACUAGGCAGCGACUGUCGCAUAUUUUUUUGUGUGUGAGCGUGCCAGGGGGGGGGGCGAAGCCCCCCAGGAACACCCCGGUCCGUGCGUUCGUGGCGAGGUCGGUUUGGAGAUGGCGUAGCGGGCAGUCGGCGGCGGGGCCGGGCUGAGAGCCUGAACGGCGCUAGCAGGGCGUGGGGCUGAGGGUGCACGUGUUGAUUGGCGGCGAGUGACGUGACUAGUUUGUUAGCUGCGGGUUAGCACGGACUGUGCACCCCACCCAACCGGCCACGUCCGGAUUUGCGGGGAUGCCAAAGGCCCCCAACAUAGAGGCGUGUGCUUAGUAGGCGCCCGCGUCAAGGUGGCUGGGUUGAUAACGACCCGGGAGGGGAGGGCUCAGCCCUUUUCCUGCCUCCCUAAGGCAGCCACCUCCUUGUUUGCGGGGAACGCAGGUGCGGACUGAGCAGUAUGGAAGCAGUAAAGGAAGUAAGGCAUGAUCGGAGUAAGAUGGUGACAUGGCGUCAGGGUUAUCGAGUAGAUUACACCUGUGCGAAGGGGGGGCUGCUGUUGUGUGUUGAACCUGAACCUGAACUCUGAAGGCACCCGGUUCAGGUUUAGAGUCUGGGUCAGAUUUAGAGUCAGGGUCUGGUUUAGGUGCAGGUUCAGGGCAGGAAAGCAGGUGUGGGUAGGUGUGGAGCCGUCGUGGCAGGCGCAGCUACGACGCUGGGCCAGGAGCAGCCUCGGGUGCAGCACGUGGGGACCAGGCGUGGGCCAUGGAGACGGCGGUGACGGCUACAUUGGACUACUGGUGAAGGAAUGGGAGUAUAGCACUAUGGCAGC